UUUUACCCUGCUUUUUUACAAAAUGUAACGAUCGGGUAAACAAUUUCAAUGGUAACACUGAAAAGCACAUAAAACAUGUUCGAACCUGUUGAGAAAAUACGUCUUACCACUUACCAUGCCACCCGUCCCCCACCCCUAAUGUUUUUAUUUGGGAAGUACAAUUGUACAGGACAGUAGCGCAGACCUGCUACACGACUAUACACUAGCGCCAGUUAGUGUUCCCUAUUUUUGAUUAUAAGAAUAAGAUUGAUGAAAAAAAAAAUAUCUGGUAAAAAACGUCUCGAUAAGAAUAUAAACGCAUAAUUAAAUUGCUGGGGAGAAAAAAUGGAGAACCUUUAGUACUCUACAACAAAAGAUCUGAUUUUCAAAGUAAGCGUUAGACGAAACAAGUCUGGAUUACAUUAUGCUAGUUGUAUGCCAGCACUGUUUUUGAGAAGCAUUGUCCUACUUACUGGCAUCAUGUAAACCCGGCAUAAGCCACUCGCUCCUAUCAAUAUUUAUUUUCUUUCCUUCUGCUGCCAGCUGUCUCAAGAGCAACAUCGCGUCAAUUUUUACCGUGUUUUUAAGAAAUCAAUAGUUUCUCCAUUAGCAGUAAAAUCACCAAAAGCAUAAGAAAGAACCCACAAUGUCGUCAAAUAGCAGGCGCGUUCAAAAAGAGUUAAUGGAAAUACAGAGAGACUUUCAGAUGUCUCAGGACAAGCAAAUAUAUUUAAAGUCUUUGACCUCGCAACUGAACUUCUUCAUAGCCAGGAUAAAAGGUCCGCACCUAACACCAUAUGAAACCGGUAGAUUUUUCCUCAAGAUCCAACUGCAGGCAGAUUAUCCAAUAUCUCCGCCAGAGGUCAAAUUUAUAACACAUGUGUGGCACCCAAAUAUCCAUCCAGUUCAAGGGUCAAUAUGUUUAGAUAUUUUGGCUGACAAAUGGUCCCCGGCAUUGUCUUUGAGGACUACACUUCUGUCCAUCCAAGCGCUGCUAUCUGCCCCCGAACCAGAUGACCCACUCGCUAUAAAUGUUGGCAUUCAAUGCAAAAACAAUCCCGAGGAAUUUGAGUUGACUGCUAAAUUUUGGACCUACAUAUAUGCCAAGGGUCAACACCAAGUCUAUGAAUAUCAAGAAAAGUUAGCGACUUUAAAGAGCAUGGGCAUUCAGCAGAUUUUGGCUUUAAAAAUACUGUCCUCCUGCCACUGGAACUUGGAAGAGGCCAUAGAAACUUAUAAAAACCUUAAUCUCAUACAUUAUGUCAUUGAUUAAAUUUCAAUAUCCAACUUUUUACUGUCUGUUUCCACUGCUGCGGUACUGUAUUGACACGCUAUCUGGUUUAACUUUAAAAGAGAAUUUUAUAAUUCGUGUCAACACAAGCACCCUCGUAGUCGAGACACACAGAUAUGCACAAAGAAUAUUCUUUAAUCUCUGCCAUCUUUUUAAUAGUCAUUCCGUUUAAGAAAAAAUCUAUUUGUUUAGUUUAGAGUUGCCUUAAAGGUACAAUAAUGUUAUUCAAAGUUGAAUUUACAAAUUUUAAGAAAUUUCUCGUAGUUUGACUCAUUGUUAGUUUUCUGGUGAUAAAAUUUAUUGAUGUUAUGAUAAAUAUAAGAUAUAUUAGUAAAGUUAUAAAACUAUGUGUUAGUAUUUGAAAUAAGUACAUAACAAUUUCUGUUCCUUGUUUUUCGUUAAAAAGUACAUCCUGGCCAUACAAGUUACAAAUAAUAACUUUAUCAUAAUUAUUACCUCAGUUUCUUCAUAAGAUAUAAAGCUACUAUAACUGAUUAAGAUAGUUUAAUAUAAGAUGAUUUUUUUUCAAACUGUUUAAGAAAAUAAUUACCAUUACUGGUUAUGUUUUUAAGAGUUUGUUCUUACUUGUAUUACUGUUGAUUACAGCUAUAAACAGCUUCCUACAUUAUUGAUUCCUAUUACAGUAAAGAAUGAUAUUACUAUAAGUUACUAAAAAGGCUUGUGAGUUAUUAUAUAUUUUGUUUGUAGAAUUUUUGUUUUCCAAUAGUUUUAUCUGAAAUGUUUGAAUAUAGUUAAAACUAUCCGAAUUGUGUGUAACAGGCUUAAUAUUUCCAUUUGCUUUGGUAAAUAGGAUAAGCGUCCUGGCAGUACAAUUCAAUGGAAAGCUUUUUGGGAUUACUUUUAUUUUUGAGGUGUCUCAAAUUUUUUAUGUUUUGAUUCUUUAUAAGUGUGUCUAGACAUAUUUGUUAAUAUAAAGUGUCUGUCAAGUCAUGGUGUCUACCUUCAGUUUGCAUUUAUAUCUGUUGUAUAACAUGUGGAAAGUACAAUUUUGCAAAAGAAAAUUAAUUUGUUAGAAACAUUAAUCUUUUCAACGGAUCUCAUGAUAGAAAGUUUAUUUUUAAAUUCUACUUAACCCAAAGAUUCAACCAAUGAGAGACUUCACACAUCUCUCUAAUUUAGAUUUAAGUUUUUUUUUUAAAUCAACAUAAGACUGAUUAAAAGUCAAUAAAAGUUCCAUUUGUACCUAGUUUUUUUUAAUUUCCAAUGAACUUUCUCCUUCAAGUAUCUUAUAUGCCCGUCCAUUUCAGCUACACACCAGUGAAAAUCCCGAAAAAAAUACAUUUUGGAUUGGAUCGGUGAUUGCCCAGAACAAAUGGUUACAAACAGACAGACAAGCAUUUAUGUUGGCGAUGCAAUUAGCCGCUUUCAUACAUUUAUACUUUUAUAGUUUUUUAAAAUUAGAAUUUAUAUUCUUUGAAAUUCUAGAUUUUGCAUACAGACACUCCAAUGUUAUCACAUGUUCAC